AUGUCAUCAUCCACUACAGCACUUGAAGUAGGUUCAACUUCCAAUACAAGAAAUAGGAGUCCAAUGCGUCAACCAGAAGAAGGAUCAUCAUCAUCAAAUGGUAUUUUAUCAGCAACAGAAGAAGUUUUAGUUGAUAAAUUAGAUAAAUUCUUAUCAUCAAUAGAAGCAAGAUUAGAUAACUUUGAACAAUUUUUCAAAUUUACUUCUGAACAAGAAGUAGUUGAUUCUUUAGAUUUACAACAAGGUACUCCACUUACUAAUCUUAAUGAAAAACAAACUACUAGAAGUAGAAGAAGUUCAUCAUCUGCUAGUUUACAUCUGUUGAAAACUUUCUCCAUGAAUAAUUUAAAUUUAAUUCAUCAAAGAUUAACAUUAAUUAAGAAAUCAGUCUUAACUAAUUCAUUUAAUAAUUUGGAAUAUUUAUAUAAAACAUUAGAUGAUCAAUAUAAUUAUUUAUUCACAUCUUAUGAAUCAGAAGAUGAAGAACAACUAAUAGAUCUUACCAUCACCAAAUCAUGUGACAAUAAUAAAAGAGAAGUAUUAACGGAAAAGAUUAUAACCACAAUUCAAUAUUUUGAUGAAAAACUUCUUCAAAUUGAUGACUUCAUUAAAACCCAUAAACCAGCCGCCACUGAUGACUACACCCAUGAUGAAAUCCUUAACAAACUUCGAUUCUUUAAUUUUAAUCGAGCAUUACGUAAUGCCACCACCAGGGGAUUAAUUCAUUAUUAUGAAUUACCAUUAAGUUGGCGAGAAAACAAAUACAUUAUCGAGGGAUAUCGAUUUUCAUUAAGUCAUAAAACCAUGUUACGGUCCAUAUUCGAAUUCAAUCAUAAUGAAUCCAUGAAUAUUUGGUCUCAUAUAAUUGGACUCAUGUAUAUAUUAUAUCUCGCUUUUGUUCAUUUCCCUCUGACGGAUGCUUUUAGUCAUAAUACAACAGCGGGGAAUGUUGCCAUGUAUGUCUUUUUAACUGCUGCUGCUAAAUGUUUGAUCAGUUCAAGUGCUUGGCAUACAUAUUCUUGUUUUGCUCAUUAUCCUACUAGACAAACUAUGGCAUGUGUGGAUUAUACGGGUAUAACUGUUUUGAUUACUUGUCUGGUUAUUGUGGUUGAAUAUUGUGCUUUGUUUAAUCAUCCGAAGUUGUUGAUGUUGUUUAUUGUGUUUUCGAGUAUUUGUGGUAGUACGGGGUUUAUUUUUAAUUGGUCGCCAUAUUUUGAUAAACCGGAAUGUAGAUCUUUGAGAAUUGGAUUUUUCAUGGGAUUGGCAUUUUUGGGGAUUACUUCGGCUAUUUGUAUGGCUUUCUAUGAAGGGGUUUGGAAUGCUUUGACGUUUAUGUUCCCCUUGGUAUAUAAAAGUUUCUUAUGGUAUUGGAUUGGGGUUAUUUUCUAUGGAGGUUUGAUUCCUGAAAGAUGGAGAUAUGAUGUGAUUAUAGAGGAGAAUAAUACCGCUAUGUGUCAACAUAAUUAUGACACCCGAGAUGUUUUAUUGGAUAUUGUUGAAACUAGUGGCGUGGAAGAAAUGGAACAAAUUGAAGAAGAAUUUGAAGAAAUUGUCGAUAAACAUCCUUUGGAUAGUGAUUGGAGAGUUAAAGAGAUUUUAGAUAAACAUUUUAAGAAACACCCGAUAAAGACUCCAUAUGCUAAUGAUUUUAUGAGUUUAUGGUGGGUAGAUUAUUUUUUGGCUAGUCAUAAUUUAUGGCAUAUUUGUGUUGUAUUGGGGGUUACGGGACAUUAUUUUAGUGUGUUGGAUAUGUUUAGAAGUCUUCAUGGAUUGAAUUAG